UCAUGGCAAUGCCUUCCUACUUUUCUCUCUCUAUCAUCUUACUCUUUCUCUCUCAUCAAGCUUUAGCUGAAACUUACUCUUGCCCUCACAAUGAGAACUUGCUUCAAGGAGAUGUGGACUUAUUGGAGUUCCCUCUGAAUCUGGAGUACACAGAGGCUGAGUUCUUCUUGUAUGGUGCUGUUGGAUAUGGAUUGGAUGAAUAUGACCCUAAACUAGCAAUGGGAGGGCCACCUCCAAUUGGGGUAAGAAAGGCCAACCUCGACCCAUUCACCCGAGACCUCAUCACGCAAUUUGCUUAUCAAGAAGUUGGUCACAUAAGGGCAAUCAAAUCAACGGUUCGUGGGUUUCCAAGGCCACUAUUGGAUUUGAGCCCCAACAAUUUCGCCAAACUAUUUGACAUGGCAUUUGAACACCCUCUCUCUCCACCCUUCGAUCCUUACAUCAACAGUCUAAAUUACAUCUUGGCAGUUUAUGUGAUCCCUUAUGUGGGGCUUACGGGCUACGUGGGUGCAAAUCCCAAUCUCCAAGCCUACGCAUCCAAGAAGUUAGUAGCUGGUCUUUUGGCAGUAGAAUCAGGGCAAGAUGCUGUAAUUCGAGCAUUACUAUAUGAGCGAGCGGAGGACAUGGUCAAGCCUUACGAAUACACAGUGGCAGAAUUCACGGAUCGCAUCUCGGAGCUCAGAAACAGGCUCGGACAUGCCGGCAUCAAAGAUGAAGGUCUUGUAGUGCCCCCGGAGUUAGGCGCAGAGAACAAGACUUCAGGGAAUAUCCUGUCAGCCGACUACAACUCUCUGGCGUACGGCCGCACCCCUGCUGAGGUCCUGAGGAUCGUCUACUCGACCGGAGAUGAGCAUAAACCCGGCGGCUUCUUUCCGAAUGGUGGAAAGGGCACAAUAGCUGAAUCAUAUCUGAAGGAUUGACCUUCAGAAAACUCCUCCUUAUUCAACACACCUAUCCCUUAUGAUGUGCUUGUAUGUUUUAAGUGUGCUCUUACCAAAAGUGAAUAACUAGGCCUUGUGUUGUUUAAUGAAAUGAAAUUUCCUGGCCUUAUAACCGUAACCAAGCGAAAGCUUUGUUUGUAUGGAACUCAUACGGUUUACAUGAAUGAAAUGUUGUAGUGUUACGUGA